AUGUUGGUCAAGGACUAUUCCCAUGAUGAUCAAGGACACUAUUUCCAUGAUGAUGAAGGACCCUGUUCCCCUGAUGAUCAAGGACUCUGUUCCCAUGAUGAUCAGGACACUAUUCCCAUUGUGAUCAAGGACACUGUUCCUAUGAUGAUCAAGGACACUGUUCCCCUAACGAUGGACACUGUUCCCAUGAUGAUCAAGGACUCUGUUCCCAUGAUGAUCAAGGACACUGUUCCCAUGAUGAUCAAGGACACUAUUCCCAUGAUGAUCAAGGACACUAUUCCCAUUGUGAUCAAGGACACUAUUCCCAUGUUGGUCAAGGACUAUUCCCAUGAUGAUCAAGGACACUAUUUCCAUGAUGAUGAAGGACCCUGUUCCCUGAUGAUCAAGGACUCUGUUCCCCAUGAUGAUCAAGGACACUAUUCCCAUUGUGAUCAAGGACACUAUUCCCAUGAUGAUCAAGGACACUAUUCCCAUUGUGAUCAAGGACACUAUUCCCAUGUUGGUCAAGGACUAUUCCAUGAUGAUCAAGGACACUAUUUCCAUGAUGAUGAAGGACCCUGUUCCCCUGAUGAUCAGGACUCUGUUCCCAUGAUGAUCAAGGACACUAUUCCCAUUGUGAUCAAGGACACUAUUCCCAUGAUGAUCAAGGACACUAUUCCCAUUGUGAUCAAGGACACUAUUCCCAUGUUGGUCAAGGACUAUUCCCAUGAUGAUCAAGGACACUAUUUCCAUGAUGAUGAAGGACCCUGUUCCCCUGAUGAUCAAGGACUCUGUUCCCAUGAUGAUCAAGAACACUAUUCCCAUGAGGAUCAAGGACACUGUUCCCAUUAUGAUCAAGGACACUAUUCCCAUUAUGAUCAAGAACACUGUUCCCAUUAUGAUCAAGGACACUAUUCCCAUGAUGAUGAAGGACACUGUUCCCCUGAUGAUCAAUUAGAUUGUUCCUAUGAUGAUCAAGAACACUAUUCCCAUGAUGAUCAAGGACACUGUUCCCCUAACGAUGGACACUGUUCCCAUGAUGAUCAAGGACACUGUUCCCAUGAUGAUCAAGGACACUGUUCCCAUGAUGAUCAAGGACACUAUUCCCAUUGUGAUCAAGGACACUAUUCCCAUGAUGAUCAAGGAUACUGUUCCCAUGAUGAUCAAGGACACUGUUCCCAUGAUGAUCAAGGACACUGUUCCCCUAACGAUGGACACUGUUCCCAUGAUGAUCAAGGAUUCUGUUCCCAUGAUGAUGGACACUGUUCCCAUGAUGAUCAAGGACUCUGUUCCCAUGAUGAUCAAGGACACUGUUCCCAUGAUGAUCAAGGACACUAUUCCCAUUGUGAUCAAGGACACUAUUGA